AUGGCAUUUUCAAAAGUUUACACCUAUGUACCAAAUAUUAUUGGAUAUUUCAGAGUUAUUUUUGCAAUUUUAGCAUUCAAAUAUUCACAUGACGAAUAUGUCAAAUUCUUUGUUUUCUAUGCAAUCAGUGCAUUAUUAGAUAUGGCUGAUGGUCAUGCUGCUCGUUUAUUAAAUCAAUGUUCACAAUUUGGAGCAUUAUUAGAUAUGAUUACAGAUAGAUGUUCAACAAUUGCAUUAAUGGUAGUAUUAUCACAUUUCUAUAAAGAUUAUGAAAACUAUUUCAUUGCAUUAAUUACCUUAGAUAUCGUCAGUCAUUUUGCACGUUUAUGUGCCACUUUACAAAGUGGUAGUAAAUCACAUAAAGCAGUCAAAGAGAAUCACAUCAAAAUCAUGAAAAUUUACUAUGGAAAUAAAUACUUUUUAGCUUUUAUGUGUUUUGGUAAUGAAGGUUUCUUCCUUUUCUCUUACCUCUAUCACUUUUAUGCAACUUCCUCUGUUUUCUACAUCCUUUGGGGUUUCUUUUUCCCAAUUUGUGCUGCCAAACAAAUCAUCAAUGCAAUUCAAUUUUUCCAAGCUGUUGAUGAUAUCGUUUCUUUAGAUGACCAACAAAAAUUAAAAAAAUAG